AUGCAUAUCGAAUCCAUUCCCAUGUGGACGGGGUCGGGCAAUAACUAUGCCUACCUAAUAUCCGAUGAAGCAUCAAAGGAUGCAAUGGUCGUGGACCCAGCACAUCCUCCGGAAGUCAUUCCUGUUCUCAAAUCCCAUAUCGACAGCGGCAAAAUUAAUCUCAAAGCAAUCAUAAAUACUCACCAUCACCAUGACCAUUCCGGUGGCAACCAGGGGAUUCUCAAACAAUUCGGCAAGCUCCCCGUCAUUGGAGGCAGUGAUUGCCAAUCCGUCUCAAAGACUCCCAAGCACGGGGAGACCUUCAACAUCGGAGAACGCAUUAAAGUGACUGCUCUGCAUACGCCAUGCCAUACCCAGGAUAGCAUCUGCUAUUUUGCAGAAGAUGGUGACCAGCGGGUUGUAUUUACAGGAGAUACUCUUUUCAUUGGAGGAUGUGGCCGAUUCUUCGAGGGAACUGCUAAGCAGAUGCAUGAUGCCCUAAAUAAUAUUCUUGCUAAGCUGCCAGAUGAUACCAAGGUUUAUCCCGGCCACGAAUAUACAAAGUCAAACGUGGCAUUUUGUAUCGAAGUAUCUCAAUCGGAACCAAUCAAGCGGCUACAGUGGUUUGCAGAGAAAUAUCGGGAAACCCAAGGCAAAUUCACCAUUGGCGACGAGAAGUUACAUAAUGUGUUCAUGAGGGUCAACGAUCCAGAAAUCCAAAAGGCUACGGGCAAAACUGAUCCGGUUGAUGUGAUGCAUGCGCUGCGUGAGAUGAAAAACAACUUGCCAUCAAAGCCGGCAGUUCAAAAAAUGUAG